GGACACGUCAGCUCAGCGGGUCCGAGCCACGAGAGAGGACAGACACCCACCUCACUGAAUGAGUGGGAGAGUUUUGUUUCCUCUGUCUCCACUAUCUGUCUUGGAAUGCGUCCAUGUUAGUGCUAGAGGUGUCUCUGUCUGUCAGGGAGCUGGACACCUAGCGAAACGAUGGACGAAAGGAACAUGGCAAACACAUGGCAUUACAAGCUACAAAGAAAGGGUCUGUCCAUCCAGACGGUCAUCAUGUCUCCUCACUCCCAACCACGCACAGACAGCUCCGCUGGCCCUCUAAUGUCUAUCUGGUGGCCUUGGGUUCAGCCACAAAUAUCUUGACCGUCCCAAAUCCCAUUGUCUCAACACCCAACACCUACACUCACACACACACGAACGCACAGAGAGACACAUAUGCAUCCUUCCGUGUGUUAGAGUGCCAUCCAUCCAUCCAUCCGUCCGCCUAAGCGGUCAGCCACUCACACACCGUGAAUCCGGCUUUAUCGAUCAUGUAGCAGAAGUCGUCUUGUUUGGGGAAUGCCUGGAUGCUGUCCAGCAAAUGGCGGUACUCGCGCCGCCUCCCAGACAGCCACGCACCUACCAGCGCAUUCAACCGGAUGAACCACCGCGCCAGACGGGCAAGCAGACCUGAAAAGGUUCACACACAGGCGUACGUAUGGUCGCAUCGGUGAGGGUGUGGCACACGGUGUGAUCAGUGACUGACUGACCGGUUCCCGCUGGUUCUGAUAUCUCUAGUAUGGCCAGCCUUUUGCCCUGCUCUUUCUUGAUGACGCGAUGGAACUCCUCUAGUGCCGUGAUGCGCGACGCAGCCGGCACGUUGCGAAUGCCAAAAGAGAUAGAGAUCUGACGACAAAGCCACUACACCUUUCUCCUCGUGUGUGUACGUGUGUGUGUGUGUACCUUGUCGAAUGAGCUGUCCUCAUACUGCAGGGCGAGUGCGUCGCCUAGCUCAAGGCUAACAGUGUCAUUCAAGAAAGCUCGAGAGACCUGCAGCACCACCGCCACAAACCCGUGCGCACACAAGUCAACAUCAAACAGGACUGACUUCGUCAGGCGCGUGCUGCCGUGCUCACUUUGUCCCUCCCGACAGCGAGCAUAUUCGCGGAUGGAUCAACGCCAAUCACACACGGACCUGCACACGCCGCACACACAUGAGGAUGCAGACAUACGUACGGAUCUGUGUCUGUGUGCGGGUGGGUGCCUGGUCGCUUACCAUCUCUUUUUGUGUCAUUCUCCCUGGACUUCAUCUGUUGGCCGACGAGUAUGGCCACGUCAGCCGUGCCCGUGGCGACGUCCAACACGCGGUCAGACGGCUCAAGCUAAACCCAGGCAGACAGUCAGACACCGACACAUGCGUGUGGGGUCAUAGUUGAAUAUGUGUGUGCAGUGCCUACCUGCAGUGUCUGCACAAGCCGCCUCCGCCAUGCCCUGUCCAUGCCCAUCGACAUGACGCGAUUCACAAAGUCGUAACGAGGCGCCACCGCAUCAAACAUCCUGCGCACACGCCACACAAACACACAAAAUCAGACAGACAUGGAUGAUUCAUGAUCUGCCUAAAAGGCGCGGAAAGAGGCGCAUGCGCGCAUCGGCUCUGCCCACCUGCCGCUGCCCAUCGCAGCCUCGCUCUGCCCUUUUUUGCUGCCGUCGCCAUCAUUCAGCCGCCUUCUCAACCCGGCCCUCUCGCCCUUUCCAAGGUCAACAGCGUCGCUCAUGCGCACCAGCACGAGAUGCACCACACACGCCAACAGCGAUACCACCAUCUCCAACGAGAUCUAUUCACCUCCAGC